AGCGCGUCCUGUUGAAUUUAUCGCCUGGCCGACUUCAAUCGCACCAGCGGCUUUGCCGUCGCAAGGCUGCGAUAAAGUCGCGAACCACAAAACCACACGUUUAAUUGAUUAAUUAAUAAGCACGUAAAUAGCAACGAACGAUACGGAUCUAAUCCGGCAAACGACGGAUGACGCGUAAUUGUUUGGAAAGGAACCAACUGGGGAGUGGAGGAAUGUGUCCUUGCGAUUGAGAAAGUGAGGAAGGCGGGAUAGAGAUAAAAGUGUUACAUAUAGAAUUUCACUCGAAAGAGCGAGGAUAAGGAAAGGAAGACGGCGACGAGAGAGAAUCCUCUGAACUCGUCAGAUCCGCACCGCCGCAUCGCAGAGGUGAGGAACGAGAGCAGGAGAAUGCCGGCGGAAUCGUCGAUCUAUUGGAGCUCGGUCGACUCCCGAAGAUCGACCUCCGGCAGUUCCGGAAGCGGCGGUGGCCGGCAUUACGUGGACCCGUGGGACCUGGAGAACUAUGCUUACCUGCGUCGGCACAGCGUCGCCGACGUGCCACGCCGUACGCGACGGCCUCCCACGCAUGAGCGUUCCCUCCGCGAUGCGCCGCGAGCACGCUCGGAAUAUUGGUACGCGUCCUCGCCGAGAGAGCCGGAAUACGAUGGUUCUCCGUACGCGCAGGAAUUACACCGCGGACCAGUUAGGCCGACAAACAAUGGCUGCUAUUAUCAGCAAGCUAUCUACGAGGACGAGGGAAUGGAUUACGCCGCGCCGCUUCCGGUCUACGCGCCCGUGCUCGAAAUUUCCAGAUUCCCGCCGCAGGAAGAGAGAAACUUGUCACACGCGAUCUACGACGACAGAUACGUGAUAGAGGCGAUACCACCGCCGCAUAUUGAUCUGAACACGUACGGCCACUUGAAGAUCGACUACACGAACAGCUGGAACUCGCUCAAUCGCCGAAUUAGCAAGUAGAAAACUGC